CCUUGGCGCAACGCGGAACAUCAACAAACCCCUGCUAACCGCUGGCCCCGCCAAACCAAAUACGUCAAACACGCCAACACCUGUCAGUCGACAUGCUGCCGUAUCAAUUCGUUUAGACAAGUCCGACACAACACACAACACGUUAACACAACAUGGACCCGCCGAACCUGGGCGCGCUUGACCUCUCCGACUCGGACACGGACGCGUUGUUUGACACGCCCGCGGCGCGCAAGACCAAGAAGCAGACAAAAGAUGCAGACAAUGAGACAGCAAAGACACGGUCAAAGGAGUCGCAUUACACGACAGAAGAGGCGCGAGAAGCAGCAUUGCGCAGGGAGCUGGAGAGCAUACGAAACGUCAACAAGGUCAUCGAGGGCGUGGUAGAAAGCCUGCAGAAGGCCAAGGACAACAUGGCUACUGUAUCACGCACCGUCCAGAAUGCGUCUACCUUGCUCCAAACAUGGACGCGCAUACUUUCCCAAACAGAACAUAAUCAGCGUCUGAUCUUGAAUCCGCAAUGGCAGGGUGCGUCGCAAGAUUUGGUUGAUAUCGAGGAGGAAGAAGUACACCGUCAGCAGGCUGCACAACGUCGGGCGGCAGACGAGCAGGCACGGAGAGAAGCUGCGGCUAGGAAGAUAGAGGAAGAUCGUAGGAAGGCAGAAGCUGCUCCACGAGCAGGUACACGAGGUAGAGGCAGGGGCGUCCGACCACGCGGUGCUUCGACUUCAUCCACAGGGAAUUACACCGGCGUAGGUGGACAAACAGGACGUGGUGUCAGUCGUAGCGACUCAAGAGGUCGAGCGGGCAGCGGCAUCGGACGAGGGCUUCCACGGGGAAGAGGAAGAGGCUUGGGUUAACGAGCUUGCGCCACGUCUUCGCCAUACCUCGAACGCGUACAUGCCAUAUUCAAUCGACAUUGAUACCUAAAUCGUGAACUUCUCAGUCUGGUGGUAUCGAAUGCUGAGGUCAGCAUAAUUUAUCGUGCAAUUUCGAGUCGUCUCACUGAGUCUAACUCAUUUUAUCAUCGCCGGGCAUCCAUAGCUUAUCUUGCCACGGCGCUUUUCCCCCGAGCAACUGCGAACGAGCCCCCGAAUCCGUACCUGCAGCUCGAUGCAGCUCACGGGCCGUUGGUGAUGCGGAUGCGCUUCUCAAAACGGCAAGGUCUGAGGACCCCACUUGUCGUCAGUUGGACCCCGCCGUACAUU